CAAGAGCUGAUCUACCCACCGCUGUCAAUCGCUACUUCCCUGUCAAAAGCUUUUCUAUAUAUGUCCUUGCUGCAAGCAAUGCAAAAGGCGCUUCGUCCCUUCCCUAUAUCGUUUCUGGAGCUUGAUUUUGUUUGACCAUUUCGCUUCAGGAAGGCCCCACCCUGUGCUUUGAGAUUCCACACUCGCUCUCUGUCUUCCUUGCAGCUCGGUUUUGCUUCUGUCGCAUUGCACAAAGCACGCGACAAGACUCACCGCCACCAUUGAGAGCGUGUAUUUGCCUGGUGCAAUCGUCUUUUAUUUUUGAAAAAGAGCCUGGAGCUUGAGACUUUUUCCAUCAUCAAAACAACAACAUCACGCAUUCACAAAAAAUCACUACCAACACCAACACCAACACCAUGUACCGCCUAUUGUUCGUCGUCCUUCUGUUCGUCCUGCAGCUCGUAGCAGCAGUGACUCUCAAUGACUUCACACCGCGCCUGGACGAUCUGGCUGGAGACUGUGAGGCCGUCUAUACCACCCAAAUCACUGGCUGUGCGGGCACCGAUUUCCAAAGCGGAGUGUGUUCAUCUUCAUGCAUCUCGGCUUUGCAGUCGAUCGGCGCCUCAGUCAGAAAGUCGUGCCAAAGUCAGAGUUCAAACGACAACAACAUCAUCGCCGCGUUCCUCACUGGAACCGCUACCGGCAAGCUGUGUCCAAACGCCAACAAAGCCGUCAGCUCGUCCACAUCGUCGUUCAACAUCGGUUCAAGCACCAUGGUCCUCAGCGAUACGACCGUUAGCGCGACUGGAAUCAUAGUCGACACCUCCAGCGCAAGCCCUAGCGUUGUCACUGCGCUCUGGACGGCCACUAUCAAUCCAAUUGCCGCCUCAUCAUCCAGCUCGACCGAGUCCACGACUCCCGCCUUCACUGGCAUCACCUCGACUAUUACCGGCUCAUCCUUGGCCUUUGCAACCAACACCCCAUCAUCAGUCCUCAUGGCCACCGCAACCACUCUUUCAUCAACACACUCCACCAAACACACUCAAUCCAGUGACAGCAACAGCGGCGGCGGUGGCGGUACCCCAUUCGAUACCUCUGCUGCCGCCUACGGCUCGAGCGUUUCUUACACGCUGCUGAGCGGCACAGUUGCUCUUCUGUUUCUCCUUUGUUGAUACAGGAGUUCUGUUUUUGAUGGCAUAAGCGACUCGUUGACUCUUUAAUCCCUUUUGUUCAAUACCCAUUUGACGUUCUUCUUGUAAUGCGCAACGUUGGUCGCAGACUAGUAAUCAGACAUGGCUCCUGGAGCCCGAAUAAUCAAACCAAUCCACCAUUCUUUAAAGGCUUUCACGCGUCUUUUCAGGCUGCCGUAACGCACAAAACAUUGUGAUAUUGCAGAGGAGUCCAGUGAGAGCCGCAUAUUGCUCCUGGAUCUUCAAGCUCUCACUGGACCUUCGGCUGGUGAGCGAAAUUUCAUGCACUUUUACAGCAGCCUCGGAGAGCGCGCAUAGACGACGGAGAGCACACUGUCCACCACAAAGUCCUAAUCUCAUAAAGAUGAAGCCGUGUCGAAAAUUUCGGAAGCGUUCUUCAUUGCUCUCGUUACUAACAGUCUCUUGGACAUGGAGCCUUGGCAUGGCAUGAGUCGCAAAACCACUGAAG